AUGCGACGGUCACGGAGCGCCGGCGAUAAAUUCGUGUUUGGCUCUAGGCGGCGAACACUCACACCGUCUUCAGGACAAAACGAUGAAGAAGAGGACAAUGAGGCGUUUAUUGGUAUGAAAUCGCCCAGGCCGAAUAAAGCGGCAUCACCUUCGAAAAAUCCGCCGCUCACUAAGGACAGGCAGUAUUGGCAAAGUAACUAUCAUAUCACAGACUGGAAGCAACAGCAUCCGAACGAAUUCGAGCAGAAGGAGUUUGAACGCUUCAGUAAAUGGAUUUUCGAGAGAGGUAACGAGGAGAACAUUAUGAAAAUUGGCGCUGAAGAUGAGCUGUCCUACUUAUGCUCACUUCAAUCCUAA